CUGUCACUUCCCAGGACGCCGGCAGCGGCAGCCCGCAGCCCCCUAGCCCUCGGCAGGUUUGCCUCUCCUUCCCCGCCAUCUGAUUGGAUAAAGUGGGGGCUCGACGGUGGCCGACGUGGGACAGUCUGGCUGUGGCAGGGGUCUCGGAAACCAUGGGUUAUUGCAGUGGCAGGUGCACGCUUAUCUUUAUCUGUGGCAUGCAACUGGUUUGUGUGCUGGAGAGGCAAAUAUUUGACUUCCUUGGUUAUCAGUGGGCACCCAUUCUGGCCAAUUUUAUACAUAUUAUUAUUGUGAUUCUCGGUUUAUUUGGAACUAUUCAAUAUAGACCACGUUACAUAACUGGAUAUGCUGUCUGGCUAGUCCUCUGGGUUACGUGGAAUGUGUUUGUUAUCUGCUUCUAUUUGGAGGCCGGGGACCUCUCAAAGGAAACGGACCUUAUCCUGACUUUUAAUAUUUCAAUGCACCGCUCGUGGUGGAUGGAGAAUGGACUAGGCUGUAAGGUGACGUCAGUGACACCUGCCCCAGACUGGGCCCCAGAGGACCAUCGCUACAUCACGGUCUCAGGGUGUUUUCUGGAGUACCAGUACGUGGAGGUGGCUCAUAGUUCCCUCCAGAUUGUCCUCGCACUGGCAGGGUUCAUCUACGCCUGUUAUGUUGUGAAAUGUAUAACUGAAGAAGAGGACAGCUUUGAUUUCAUAGGUGGCUUCGACUCCUACGGCUAUCAAGGACCUCAGAAAACAUCUCAUUUACAACUACAACCUAUGUACAUGUCAAAAUAAAACAGACAACUUCAGUAUGUCAGCCCAUUGGACUUUUCAAAGAACUUGUUUCGCAGUGACCUGCAUUUUAUGAAGAGCAAGAAGCAACCAAAUUUAGCUAAAUGUGCAUAGUAAUACAACAAACAUACACAAAGGUUCUGCCUACAC